AUGCAGACAGGGCACGCUCCAUUCACCAUCGGCACGCUGGAGGAGGCCUGCCGGUCGGCGGAGCGGUCCCUGGUCCAGUACAGGUUCAAGCCCGCCAAGGCACAGCGGGAGCUGGAGGGCGUGAGCGAGGCGCAGCACGCCAGACUGGCCGGCGCGCGCAGCGGCUCCAGCCCCUGCAGCACCCUCUGGCCCCGCGGCGAGGGGCUGACCUCCGGCGCCUGGGACGCGGCCGCCACCUCGCCGCCCCCGGCCCCUGAGGGCAGCGGGCGUGAGGUCCUGCUCCAGGGCUUCAACUGGGAGUCCUGGCGGCACGGCUGGUACGACCAGCUGGCGUCGCGCGCGGGCGAGAUCGCCGACACGGGUUUCACCGCGGUCUGGCUGCCCCCACCCACCCGCUCGGUCAGCCCCCAAGGCUACCUGCCCAGCGACCUGUACGACCUGGACUCCGCCUACGGCAGCGAGGCCGCGCUGCGGUCCUGCGUGGCCGCGCUGCACUCCCACGGCCUGCUAGCGCUGGGCGACGUGGUGGUGAACCACCGCUGUGCAGAGCGGCGCGGUCCCUGCGGCCGCUACAACCUCUUCGGCGGCCGGCUGGACUGGGACGCUGCGGCCAUCGUGGGCGACGACGCCGCCUACGGCGGCACCGGCGCCCCCUCCUCCGGCGCCCCCUUCCACGCCGCGCCCAACAUCGACCACGCCUCCCCCCGCGUCAAGGCCGACCUCUGCGCCUGGCUGGCCUGGCUGCGCUCCGACGUCGGCCUGGACGGCUGGCGCCUGGACUUUGUCCGCGGCUUCGCCGGCGCCCACGUCGCCGACUACAUGCGCGCCUCGGGCCCGCGCUUCGCCGUCGGCGAGUUCUGGGACGGGCUGGCCUACGGCCCCGACGGCGCGCCCGACCACGACCAGGACGCGCACCGCGGGCGGCUGCUGGCCUGGCUGAACGCGGCGGGGGGGCGCGCCGCCGCCUUCGACGUCACCACCAAGGGCGUGCUGCAGGCCGCGCUGGAGCGCGGCGAGCACUGGCGCCUGCGCGACGCCUGCGGCCGCGCCCCGGGGCUGGUGGGCCUCUGGCCCUCGCGUGCCGUGACCUUCGUGGACAACCACGACACCGGGUCCAGCCAGGGGCACUGGCCCUUCCCGGCGCACGCCGUCGCGCAGGGGUACGCCUACUGCCUCACCCACCCGGGCACGCCCUGCGUCUUCCACGACCACUUCUUCGCCUGGGGCGGCGGCCUGCGCGCCGCCAUCCGGGCGCUGCUCGCCGCGCGGCGCCGCGCGCGCGUGCACUGCCGCAGCGCGCUGCGCGUUCUGGAGGCGCGCGCCGGCCUCUACGCGGCCGAGGUCGACGCGGCGCUGGUCUGCAAGCUGGGGCCGGAGGACUGGCAGCCGCCAAACGUGCGAGAGUGGAGCCUGAGCUGCUGGGGCGACCAGUGGGCGGUCUGGGAGCGCGCCUGA